UCAGAUAAUAAUUAUUUAUGAGAACAAUAUCACUUGAAACUACAGAAAUAUCCCAAGUCUUUGUCUUCCCAAUUGUUACUUCUUUCUAUCCAUCGACCUUAAAUGAUAAUUGGGAUACUUAAUGCUUGAGGGUGGAGAAUUCCUAAUUGCAAUUGCCAAUGCUAUUUGUCUGAAAUCUAUUGAUUCUUCGCUUUUCUCUUAAAAUUAUUGUGAACUGAUCCUUCAUAAGAAAUGUCAUAAACCAUGAAACUUUUAACAAAGUCACAUUGGCAUUAGUGAAUAAUAAUUCUACUUCUUUGAUUGUCUAACUACAAUUAUAUUUUUGAAUUUCCCAGCAAUAAAGGCAGAGAAAGAAGUCGAAGAAAUUUUGAGAGAUCUGGAAAAUUCCAUCGGAGAUUUAUGAAAUCUAAUGGCAAUUUUGACUGAGGCCUUGGAAUUCGAGACAAAGUUAUUGAUUGACAAGAGCGAUUCCUUUACUAAUCCAGAACAAAAGAGAGGGUUCGAGAUGAACCAGAUGAUUAAGGUUGACCAAAUUUCUUAUGAUUUGGAUCAAAAGUCUGAAGAAAUUUCAAAGAAAGCAAUUAUAAACGCAAAAAAUGUGAGAGCUGAGAUCUCUCAAAAAGGCUACAUGACUGAUGAUAUAAGCUCUCGGAUUGAUAAGGUUGUGAAGUUUUAUUCCAAGUUCUCGUCUCUCUUAUAGUUUCAUAUUGGAUUCUCUCAUAAAAUGUAAG